AUGAGCACUAAGAUGUUUUGUGGCAUGUAUCGAGCAUGCCGCCUUCAUCGCUUCUCCACUACAAGACUUCAAACAAGCUUCGGCCCCGAAUGUGUAUCAAGAAUCCCAACUCGAAACUUCUCUUCACCGGUCUGGCAGUCCCCACCUGGCAUCGCUGACGCCAUGGGGUCUAUCCCCUCUCAACCUGUUGCAAACCUAGUUCCCAUGGUCCUCGAGCAGACGCCGCGGGGCGAGCGGGUCUUCGACAUUUACUCCCGUUUGCUCAAAGAGCACAUCAUCUGCGUCAACGGCCCCAUCAAUGACGGGGUGGCCUCUCUUGUCGUGGCACAGCUCCUGUUUCUAGAGUCCGAAAACCCGUCACGUCAGAUCAACAUGUAUAUCAAUUCACCAGGUGGGGUAGUGUCUAGCGGACUGGCUAUAUAUGACACGAUGGAAUACAUAUCAGCGAAAGUAUCUACGCUUUGUGUUGGGCAGGCUUGCUCUAUGGCAUCCCUUUUGCUAGCUGCUGGAGCUCCGGGCGAAAGGCGGGCUUUGCCGAAUUCGCGCGUCAUGAUUCAUCAGCCGUCUGGUGGCGCACAGGGGCAGGCUAGCGAUAUCGCCAUCCAUGCGACAGAAAUUCUUAGCUUGCGGAAGCGCCUAAAUGCGAUUUACGCGCAACAUACCGGGCAGUCAUUGCGGGAGGUUGAGUCGCGAAUGGAGCGCGAUCAUUUCAUGUCCGCGGAGGACGCCCGUAAUUUUGGCCUCAUUGAUCUAGUUGUGCAUCCACGGGAUCGAACGGAGCAGGCGCUUACCGCUGAGUCUUGAUACACACUAGUCAAGUGUCGCUUCUGACGCAGGGAGCGAUAUACACACUGCAAUACCACGGGAAGGUUUCACACAAAGCCGGACACUGUGCAUAGACUUUCCUAACUCCUACCGCCGUCUUGUUAAACCUUCGAUUAAUGGUCUUGUUUUACAAUAA